AUGAAUAGAUCCUUAACUUAAAAAACCUUAGUUUAAUCCCAAUCCUCAAUUCUAUUCAACAACAGCGUUACUCAUGAUAGUUUAAUAUCGAUAUAAUCUUAAAACAGGGAUAAAUCAUUUAAAUAUCCGCCUAAUCCAACAAUAUCUUAAUCAAAUCACUCAGUAUUGUUAAAAGAUUCUCAAGUAAUGCUAAAAUUAUCUGAAAAAAAGAAGCAAGAACUCUCAAAUUUGCAUCAAUCUAUCAAAGAUCCAAACAUAAAUAUAUUUAAGCUUAAAGAAGGAGAGUAUGAUAAUAUGACAUAUCAAGGCAAAAUGCAAAAUAAACAAGUAUUUAUACCUAAAAACUAAGCUUAAGAAGGGAGAAACAAUUAUAAAUUUUAGAUGUCUAAACAGGAGUAUUUUGAUACAAUUUAAAAUUUACCAAGAGCAAGCAUAAACCCUUUCCAUCUUGUUCCAGAUUUGAAUCCUCAAUAGUAGGACUUGGUUUCAUAAUAGGUGCCUAUUUACUAAAAGCUCAGUUUAAAGAACACAAAUAGAAUUCUAGAUGACUCUAUAAUUGCAAAAGAGAAUUAAAAGUAGGAAAGAAGAUCAACCAAGUCUUCAAGUAAAAAUGUUGAAACUAACACUUCGAAAAACGAAAUAAUUCCUUACAAUAGUUAUGCUUUAGAUUAGAGUGAGUUUGAUCUAUUCUUUAAGUAGUAAGAGCACCAAUAAAAGUUACUUAUUGAUUAGUAAAUAGCAAUCUAAGAGUAUGGAAGAAACCACCCUCCUAACUUUCAAAAGAAAUCUGAGUUAGCCUAGCUUGCAAAAUGCAUGAUAUUAAAUUAAAACAACUCCCCAUUUUGCUAUUAAGUUUCAAAUACUAUUUCUCUUGGUAGGACUGCUGACGAUCUAUUAACAAUAUCCAAAUAUAAUGACAAAGAAUAUUAUCACAGAAUAAGAUCUCAAGAUAAGAAUAUAAAUAUACCUCAAAACAUUUAAAACAAAUUAAAAUCAGAACCCUCUUUUUAGCAAGGGAGUCUUGUGUUUGGUAGAAUAGCUUAAGGUAUAGUUCAACAGCACAAUCCAUCACUGAAACUUAAAUACACCUAAAAAUAAGAGGAAAUUUAAAUGAAAAACAACAGCUACAAAAAAAAUUUAAGCCUAAAGAGAUAAAAUCUUUACAGAAACCUUGGUUCAUAUAAUAUUUUAACUCAUUAGUUAAGGAUAAGCAAUGAGGAAUAUUUGUAAUAGUUGGAUAAAACUAAUUAAAAGCAAGAAAUUAACUCAAAAAGAACUGAAAAGUAAGCUAGCUUUUUCUAACCAGCAUUUUUGACUUAAUAAUAACAACAAAUAAAUUAACAACAAUCUCAGCAAAAUAUAAAUAAAGAAUCUAACAAUUAAAUAUGA